AGGAUUGUUUAGUUUGUUAGUGCAGCAUAUUUUAUCCCAUUUCCUUCGGCCCAGUCGCAAGCAAAUGGCAUCAAUGAUGCUUGGACAGCUGCUCCGCCGUCAAAUAACUUCCGGCCGGGUCGCCUUCAUCUCGCAGGCACGUCCCAUCAAUGUGGACAGUACGACGAAGCUCGGGUUUCCGUGCGCCUACUCCGACGAGGAAACGAAAAAGAUUCUCAACACCCUGAACGAGCAGGACGUCGAAGAGCUGUACAAGUACAACAUUUCAAAGUACCGGCUAAAAAAGAUCGAAGGAUGGCGCAAAAAGUUCGGUGCCUUUCUUUCGCUCGAGCAAGUGCUCGAGCUGGAUGGGUUCGGUGUUACGGUGUUGAGAAAGUUUUACGAUUCCAUCGUGCACGGCCCAAAGGAGGACGCGGAUGUGGCACCGAAGGCGAUAAAGAAAGAGGUCAAAUUCACCACUCCCGCCCUCAGCCCACAAGUGAUUCCGAAGAUAGGCAGCUGUGUGUCGGUGUACAUUGGCCUCGACUAUGUGACAUGGGCCCGCUUUAAGUUGGAUAAAGAUCAACCUACCUCGCUGACCGGCUGGAACAGCUACAACAUUAGCGACCGCAAGCUGCACAUCAACGAGCUGAUCCGAAACGUGUCCCAAAUCAACCGGCUGAUUCCGGAAGCCGAUGUGUACGUGGUGGAAAAUCCCCCGGUAGCGCAAGCCUCCGCAAUGGGUUCGGCCGUGCAGACCAACAUCAACGUGCAGCGGUCGCAGCUGAUCGGCAUGCUGAUGCUUAUGCUAGCCAACCGACCUUCCCCGUUGACCGGAAACGUAGAACAUCCCACGGACGGAACGAUCGGAAGCAAUGUCUUCUUCCUUAAGCAAUACCUGUCCGCCCGGCUGUUUGGAAUAUUUAUCGGUAACGAACGGGUAUCAUCAGAGGACGUCAUCCGGUCGCUAAUGGAGAGACAGCUUGGUCCGAACGAGGAAGCACUCGAAUCGAUCCAGUCCCGUUUGGCCAUUCCGUCCGGAUUGAAGAUUGUGUACGAGGAGAACGAUCGCGCUGAACGUGAAUUUCUAGGUCAAUCACUGCUUCUUGGAUUGACCUUCUUACGUUUGUGUAUCUUCAAGUGUGAGGAUAGUUUGAAGAUUUUCCGACGCUAACAAUAGUGCUGCGGAAAGCCCUGUGAUAAAUGCGCCCUAGUGAGUUAAAUACACAUAUGGUAUUAUGAAAAUUGUGAAAUCUUUUUU